AUGAUCAAUACCACCAAUCAACCAUUCCAGAUCAACCGUGAGACCGAACCGUUGUUCAAUGCAAGCGGGGAGGUGCGUUCUUCGUCUGUGUCUCCUACCGAGCACACAUAUUCGAUCGACCACGAGACUGAACCAUCGUCCUCUACCCACGGGGAGAUGUGCUCCUUGCCGGUCUCUCCUAUCGAGUGCGAAUACCCGACCGAUUACGAGACUGAACCGUCGUCCAGCACGAACAGGAAGGUGUGCUCUUCGUCGGUGUCUCCUCCUGAGCAAAUAUACCCGACCGCUCGCGAGACCGAACCGUCGUCCAGUAUGGGCGGGAAGAUACACUCCUCAUUGGUGUCUCCUACUGAGCAAAUAUACCCGUCCGGUGGGUUCGCGCCCACGCCUGAGGGCACACCUCGCACAACCCAAUUCUGCGAUGCCACAGCAAAUUGCGUCAUUAAUCGUGAUGCAUGUCGCGCAGAAUUUUCGAGCACCCAAUUCGAGAAGCAAGUUUUGGAGAACGCGUCGCUCAAUUGA